GGAAUGGUAGUGAAUGGCUUCAUCAAUGUUGUAAUAUCAAAUAUCGAGCGUAGAUACGAUCUCAGCUCUACGGUAUCAGGAACCAUCGCAUCAUGUUACGAUGUCGCUUCUGUUCUCUGCCUUAUACCAGUCAGCUAUUUUGGGGGUUUCGGGUGCAAGCCCCGUUACCUCGGUAUCGGCGUGUUCAUCAUGGGGAUUGGUUCCAUCGUGUUCUCGUUACCGCAGUUUUUGACAGAUCUGUAUAAAGUUGACGAUACUGGAUUAAGGACUACCUGUGAUAUCUUGGCGAAUGAUACGAUCUCAUGUGACUCAAACAGCAUGCCUGUUACUCUGUCUAAUUAUAAAUAUGUGUUUUUUCUCGGACAAUUGUUACAUGGGGCAGGUGCAGCACCCUUGUAUACCCUAGGAACUACUUAUAUUGAUGAGAAUGUACCGCAAAGAUCUUCAUCAUUUUACUUUGGUAUAUUUUAUGCAUUUACAAUACUGGGACCAGCCAUUGGAUACCUGGCAGGGGGAGCGUUCCUUAAUUUUUAUGUUGACAUCAAUGCAGUAGAUCCUGACAGUGUGACCUUGACAGCUGACAGCCCACGUUGGGUUGGAGCCUGGUGGAUUGGUUUCCUCAUCAGUGCAGGCCUGGCUUUCCUUGUAGCACUUCCUAUUGCUGGUUUCCCUACAGCCUUGCCUGGUUCCGAGCAGUACAAAGCUGAGAGAGGGAAAGAAGUAUACAGCAAGAAAGGUCGGAAACAAGACUACCAGGAAGCCAGCCAAGAUACAGAAAAUGUUCUCAGUUAUAAGCAGAUUUUAAAAUCUGUCAAAGUCUUGGUUACCAAUCCAACGUUCAUGUUUCUCAACUUGGCAGGAGCAUGCGAAGGUAAUUUACUAAGUGGAAUAGCAACAUUUAUGCCAAAGUUUAUUGAGGCCCAGUUUGCACUGUCAGCUUCUACUGCAGCCCAGUAUGUAGGCUAUGCAGCAAUCCCUGCUGGAGGAGGGGGAACAUUUCUGGGUGGAUACCUUGUGAAAAAGUUCGACCUCCAUGUACGGGGAAUCAUCAAACUUUGUCUAGCAUUGACGAUAGCUGUUCUCUUUCUCGCCCUCAUAUUCCUGAUGCAUUGUGGGAACAUACCGUUUGCUGGAGUCAAUAUUGAGUAUGGCAAUAUAGCAGUAAAUAGUUCAUUCAAGGGAGGUAACUUGGACUCAUCGUGUAACGAAGGUUGUCACUGCAGUGAGGAAAUGUACAAUCCUGUGUGUGGUAUAGAUGGUCUCGUGUACUAUAAUCCAUGUUACGCUGGCUGCCUCACUGAAACAAUGGGAGAUCAUAAGAUGUACAGUAAUUGUUCCUGCGUGAUGUUUGACAGAAACUUGACUGUCCCGGCAUACGAAGCAAUUGAAGGAAAGUGUGAGACAAGUUGUGCCUAUCUGCCAAUGUUUAUGGGAGUUUGUGCAAUUUUAAUGUUGCUGACUUUUACGGUUACCAUGCCGGCAUUGUCAGCAACUUUAAGAUGUGUUCCCGACAGUCAAAGAUCUUUAGCAUUGGGUAUACAGUGGAUAAUGGCUAGAUGUCUGGGAUCGAUACCUGGACCUAUUUUAUUCGGGAAACUUAUCGACAUGACAUGUAAACUGUGGCAGAGCAAAUGUAGCGAGCAGGGCUCGUGUUUUAUCUAUGACAAUCAUCAAAUGAGCAACAACAUGCUCGCAGUGAUUUUAAGCGGGAAAUUUUUCUCCGUUUUAUUUUUCUUCAUAGCUUUAAUUUUAUAUAAAAUGCCAAAGAGCGAGGAAGAAACAGACUCCAAUGGGACUAAAGAAGAGUCUCCACCUCCACCACCAAAAGAUUUGGCGUUGUUGCCGAAUUGUAAAAGUAAUCAAAGUGUUCAUACAGCGGUGACCAUGUUGUCAGACAGUUUACCGACAACACCGGCCACACCGAAUGGUAUAAAUCACACAAAUUGGUCAAAGUUAUAGCGAAAAGUGUAAAAAAAAUUU